GUCGAGCCUUGUCUCAAGGACGGUCGCAAUGCGACAUACGUAUGUGGACCGACUGAGAUAGCGAUGUGCAUAAUAGGACGCAUCCCGCUUGCUUAAGGUUGACGCUGCCCCCGAGUCUAUCACCUUAGCCUUUACUGCUCUCGCAAACCGGCAAUGUCUGAACUACCUGUCUACAGCGCGGCUGAUAUCGCAGCACACUCAAGCAAAGAUGAUAUCUGGAUUACAAUCCAUGGGAAAGUCUACGAUGUCACCACUUACGCACGAGACCAUCCAGGAGGCGUAGAUCUUCUAGUUGAUGUCGCUGGUAAGGAUGCGACUGAGGAUUACCUAAACGUUGGCCACUCUGAAGACGCGGACGAUAUCCUGGAGGGCUACCUUAUUGGCAUCGCCGCCAGCCCAGAGAAGCCGAAGCGCUCGAAGGAGAUCAAGCUUGUACAACAGGUACCGCUUCCCGCUACAGUGAAGAGCAGUUCCGUGGCCUCGGGCGUUGUGAAGGCCGUCGCCGGCCCGCUGGCGCUUGCAGGAGCCGGCUACUGCGCGUUGACGUACGGCCCUUCGCCACGCGUUCUUCUCUCCCACCUUCCUCAGCUGCCCGCUACCUCGGUCUCAAGUGGUCACAGUGCAUUUGCUGGGGGUUUUGCGAUUGCAAGCGUCGUCUCCACCAUCGGUGCGACAGUCGUUGCCAACAAGCUCUCCAAACUCGUGAAGCUCGAGUCAAGCCUCAAAAAAUAUCCUGCCCGCCGCCAACAGCUUCCUUACAUCAAGCCUGGAAACCCACAUCUCGCCAGUGGCUUUCUGGACGCCAAAGCCUUCAAGCCGCUGAAGGUGGCAAAGAUUGAUCAACUGUCGUCCAACGUCUUCAAAUACAGCUUCAAGCUUCCUAACCCACGAGAUAUUGUUGGUCUCCCAAUCGGCCAGCACGUUGCCAUCAAGGCUACUGUCGAUGGCAAGGACGUCACUCGAUCAUACACCCCAACAUCUAACAACCUUGAUGUUGGCUUGCUAGAGCUAGUCAUCAAAAUCUACCCCGACGGUCAGCUUACAGGCAAAUUCUUUGCAAACCUGAAGGCCGGAGACGAGGUCCUCUUCCGCGGACCCAAGGGCGCCUACACCCACACAGUCGGGCAAUGCAAGAAGAUCGGAAUGAUCGCCGGUGGUACAGGAAUCACACCUAUGUACCAGCUCAUUCGCGCCAUCUGCGAAGAUGAGUACGACACGACCGAGAUCUCUCUGAUCCUCGCCAACCGAGCUGAGGAGGAUAUCCUGCUGCGCAAGGAGCUCGAGAGGUUCGCGAGGCGGUACCCCAAGAACUUCAACCUGUGGUUCAUGUUGGACCAUCCGCCGAAGGACUGGGCCUACGGGAGCGGCUAUGUAACCGCGGAUGUGAUGAAGGAGAGGCUGCCUGCACCGGCACCAGAUACCAAGAUCAUGCUGUGUGGGCCUCCGGGGAUGAUCAACGCAUCGAAGAAAGCACUGGUGACACUGGGUUUCAAAGCGCCAGGCGCUGUCUCCAGGAUGUCAGAUGAGAUUUUCUGCUUCUAGAUAGGGACUAGUGGAAGCUUGCGAGCUUCAUGGUGGUUGACGGCGUAGGGGUGCGAAUGGGCGUGAGCAGAGUCAUGCUGUUCGAGAUUCCAUUUAUUCAGCCGAUUCCCAAUGCGGUACUAGCGUGUUUCUUUCCUCUGUUGUCAUAGCAUAGCGAAUGGAGCUG